AGUUACUGUCUGUUUUCGGCUACGAAGCGCCACAUCAGUCGACAAUUUCCCGUUGGUAUGGAGAAUUCAAAUGUGGACGAUGUUACCGCGGAUUGGUAUACCACCAUUUGUUUGCCAAAAGUCAUCACCGAGCUUCAAAAUAUCAACCCCGAAAGAAGAAUCAUCCUCCACCAGGACAAUGCAAGCUCGCACACAGACCAAAAAACAAGGCAGUAUUUAACGGAAGAAAACGUGGAAUUAUUGCACCAUCCUCCAUAUAGUCCCGAUCUAAGUCCUAACGAUUUCUUUACUUUCCCGAAAAUUAAAAACAGACUGCGUGGUCAAAGGUUCCAGUCACCAGAAGAAGCAGUUGACGCAUUCAAAAAUGCCGUUUUGGAUCUGCCAGCAAACGAGUGGGAUAAGUGCUUCGAAAAUUGGUUCGAGCGCAUGCAGAUGUGUAUUAAUCUUCAUGGAGAAUACUUCAAAAAACAAUAAAGUUAUUUAAAACUACCUACCAUGUUGUUCUAUUUCCAAUUGCAAAACUUAAAAGACAUCCCUCG